AUGUCAAAUAAUAAGGAAAGAUUCUAUGAGUAAAAGUAAUAACAUUAAGAAUCUCAAGAAUCAUAACCAUCUAGAGAAAUUAAAAAAGAUAAAUUCAUAAAUAAAACAAAAAUUAAUGAUUCCCCUUUCGAUUAGAAAAUUGAUGUCAAAUAAUUUAAAAAAGCUGUCUCAUAAAAGCUACCUACUAUUGUAGAUAAAAAAAGACAUAAUUCUCAAAUAAUAUUAACUAAUUAAACAAUGAAAGAGAGCAUGAAGUAAUCAAACUAAUCAAAAUCUAUCUAAAAAUAAAUCAAUAAAAACACCAUUAACUAGUAAACGAUACCUCAUAUAACAGAAGAUCAUUUAAUUUAAAAUAAAGUUAUCAAGGAGGAAUAAUCAGAAUCUGAAAUCAAUAAUACUUUCAAUAUUGAAUAAGAGCAUUCAAUCAUAAAAUUAAACGAAUAAUUUUCCAGAUAAGCAUCUAAAAAAGCUUUUGUUGAAUUAUAUGAACUAGAUAAUUGUUUGGAGGAAAUAUAAGAUGAAAUGCAACAGAAAAAUGAAUAAAUGUAAUCAAUUGAAAACACAAAAAUAGAGAAAGAUGAAAAUACUAUAUAGUAGAUAGAUUAGGAUGAAUAAUGCAAUGAAAAUGUAGGAUUUGAUUUCAAACCUGAACUUGAAUACUAAUUAUUGAUAGAGUAGAAAAAUUUGAAUCAUUCUAUAGAUUUAAGAGUUUCCCAUAAUUUUUAAUGGUUAAUAAAGGAGAUUUCUUAUUAUUAAGAUGGACAUAGAUUUUUAUUUAUUAGAAAAUUAAUAUUUACUAUAAUUAUUUCAUUAGAAAUAUUAAGUUACAAGUUAUUAUAAUCCACUAUUUUUGAUUUAUAUGAAAUGUUCGUAACAUUAGCAAAUAUAAUAUUAUUUUUGAAUAGAUCUACUAAAGAGUCACCUAAAAUAAACGAAUACUAAUAUUUAUUUUGUGUUUUAUAUUUUAUUGAUGCAAUUAUACAUUUAGCUGGAUAAGGUUUUAAAAAGUACAUUUAAUCAUUUUGGAAUAUUUAUGAUUUAUUAAUCCUUAUCCUUUAUCUUUUAUAUAUUUUAUAAAAUCAUUACAUACCCUUUGAUGUAUCUACAUUUAGAUUAAUCAGAAUACCUAUCUAUGUUGGACGUAUCAGUAACAAAUUAAAUAUCAUAUUAUUAUCUAUUAAAGAAGCAGUAAAACAAAUUGUAGAAAAUUUACUUAUAUUAAUUCUAUUUACAAUUUUGAUUGCAAUAUUUAUGUUAUAUGCAUUUAAUGGAGUACUAAAAUAUAGAUGUAUGCAUGAGGAACUAGGAAUUUUUUCAUUGAGUUCAUAUGAAAUUGCUGUUUGUGGAUAUAAAGAAUGUGAGAUUGAUUUUGUAUGUGCAAGACAAUUACAGAGUAUUGAUGUUCCAACUAAUUUUGAUAAUAUCCUUUUUGCUUAUUUUUAAACAAUAAGAACUAGUAUAGUAAAUGAUUGGACUAUAACUAUGUAUAUGCUUAUGAAAUAAUUCAAUCCAUUUGUUUGCAUUUUAUAUGUAUUUAUCAUAUUUGCAAUUAAUAAAUUUUACUUUCAACUUUUAAUUGCUGUUUUAAAGGUCAAUUAUCAUAAGACUUAAGAAUAUUAUAUAAAUAAUCCUGUGAAACCUGAAUUUUCAGAAGAUUAAAUAAAAAUUACUUUGUCAUAAUUAUUGGAAAAUGAUUUAUGGAAAGCCAUAAAACUAUAAAUCUAAAAUUAUGAAAACUUGAAAUAUUUUACAUAAUCAAAAGUAGACCCAAAAAUCAAAUAGUAAAAACUAAAUAUUUAACCAAUUCAAGAACAUAAUAAUGUUAAACUUUUAUCUGCAAGAUAACAAAUAGAUCUAUAGAAUGUAAGAGAAUUAAUUUUGAAAUAAAAUACUCAUGAAUCUUGGAUUAUUUCUUUUUAUUUCCCAAAUCAUUAAUUAUAAUAGUAGAUAUAAAAUAUUAUCAAUUAAAAUGAAAAUAAAUUUUAUAAUUUGGAAGCAUUCUAUACUUUAAGAAGUCUUGAUUAUUUGAGUAUUUAUAAGCAUGUUCGAUAUGAUGAAUCCUAUGAAUUUACAUCUAUUUAAGAUAUAUAAUUAUAAACAGAGCCUAAAAAGAAAUAGAAUGAUAGAAAAAUUAUUAAAAAGUAACAUUUAUAAUAAUAAUAUUUUGUUAUUUAAAAAGUAUAAAAUACAUUUAAAACAGAAGAUAAACCAAAACCUAAAUUUCCUUAUAUAAAAAAAAAAAUACUUAUGGAUAAUGAAGUAGAGUUCUUUGAAAGCUUAGCUAAUUCAAGUAUGAAUGAAAGUAGUAUAGACUCAAGUUCUGCAAAAUAUAAUCAUGAACAUUUCUAAUCUUAGAAUAUUGGAAACAAUAUUUUUGUUACACAUUCUUAAUAAGAAAAUAAAUAUUUUAAUUCUUUAAUGAAAAAGAAUUAAGAUAAAAAAUAAUUAUAAAUUAAUACAUAAAGCAGAACAAGUAUAAAUUAAAAUUAAUUUAAUCUAAAAUAUAAUGAUGUAGUUGAAAUAAUAAAUUUUGAAUUGAAAAAUGAAGUUAUAGAAGUUACAAAUAAUGAAGAUUUAUAUGAUUAAUAAAGAAAUUAAUAAUAAGAAGGAAUUUAUUUAAUUUAAUGGUCUGGUAAUGAUUUAAUAGAGAAAUUUCAAUUUGAAUCAGUAGUUUAAUAUCUAAACAAAUAAUGGAAUUAUUAUUUUUUAAAGGGAAUACGUUUUUAUCUAAUAAAAAUAUAAUACUAAUUAUAUUAUUUCAUAACUAAUUCAAUUAUUUAGAUUUUAUUAGACGGAUUUGUUUGUUUAAACAUUUUAAUAUUAACAUUUUCGGAUUUUUAUGAUCAAAUCAUAGCAGAUUAUUUUGAUUUAGUUGUAACUUUGCUUUUAUUUUUGGAAACAAUACUGAAAUUGCUGACAAUACAUAAGUAUAUAUAUAAUUUUACUAAUUUUUUGAGUAUUAUCAUAAUUACAUUUGUUUUAAUAGAAAGACUAUUAUUUUUUUCACUUUAUGAUGCAUAACAACCAAAAUUUGUAAUCUUUACAUAUAUUAGAAUUUUAAAAUCGCUCUUUUUUUUUAGAGUCAUCAAAUAUAAUACAUUUGCACAAAAUAUGAUGAUGAUAUCUUAUUAAACAUUUCCAAAUUAUGCAGUUAUGGCAUUGUUACUCUUCUUUCUUAUUUUAAAUUACGCCAUAUUUUCAUUGUAAAUAUUUGAUUUCCCUGAUACUGCUGAAUUAAAAAUGUAUCAUUAUUUUGGUAAUAUAUAUCAAUCUUGGAUAGCAGUUUAUGAUAUAUCUACUGGUGAUGAUUGGUAUGGAGUAGUUAUACUAAGUACAACAUAUGGAAUCUAUUAUAUAGGUUUCCUAUUUUGUAUUUCUUUAGUUUUUAUUGUUAAUUAUUUUGGUUUUGGAUUAUCUUUUGUUAUUAUCCUUGAUGGAUUUGCAAAUUAUUUAGAUAUUACAAAAGAGACAGAUUAAUAAUAAAUAGAAGAAAAAGAAUAUAGCUUAGUCUUAGAUUUUAAUCAUUAAGGAUCAGAAUUAAAAAAAGAGAGUAAGAUAAAAAAAGAUAAUAAUAAUAUUAAUAUGAAAAGUUUACUUGAAUCUUUAAUUGAACCAGAAAAUAAAGAGAAAUAUCAUAAUAUAUAAAAUGAAUAUUCAUUGUUCAUAAUUUAGAAAAAUAAUCCACUAAGAAAGUUAUGUUUUUUAAUCUCUGAAAUUUAUCCAUUUAAAAUAUUAUUAUGUUUUGUUUUAUGGAGUAGUUUGAUAAAUUUAAUUUUGAUUACAUAUUAUGAUGAAACAGAUUAAAAUUUUUGGAAUACUUUCGAGAUAAUUUAAUGUCUAUUUAAUUUAUUAAUAUUAAUUGAUGCAAUAAUUUAAAUAAUUACAUAUGGAGCUAUUGCAUAGGAUGGAUAUUUUAGUAGUAUUUGGGUUAGUAUUGAUUUUGUAUAUGUAGUUACUUAUUUUCUUUAUUUAGCAUCUAAUCAUUCUGCUUUAAAAUGGAUAUUAUAUUUGGGCUAUUUACGUCCACUCAAAGUAACAUCAACCUAUGGAUUCUUUGUCAAUGAAAGAGGAGCAAUUAUGAAAUCAUUUUCAGAUAUCUUAAGAAUCUUUUAUGUUAUUUUACUUUUUUGGUUCAUCUUUGCUAUUUUUGGAAUGACUAUUUAUAAAGAUAAACUUGGUUAUUGUGAUUCUUAUUUUAAUUAUGGAGUUGGAAGAUAGGAAUGUUAAGGAGAAUGGAAAAUUUACCCUCAUAAUUUUAAUAAUAUAAUUGAAGCUAUGCAAUCGUUAUUUAUAAUUUCUACCCUUGAUGGUUGGGGUAUAACAUUUUUUGUUUGUAUAAACAGUGCUUCAGAAUAGACUGGACCAUUACGAUUUAAUAAUGAAUGGAUUUCAUAUUUAUUUUUUUUUAGUUUCACUUUUAUAGGAGCAUUAUUUUUCUUAUAAUUCUUUGCAGGAGUUAUUUUUGUUAACUUUUAAUAAAAUAAAUAAUAGUUAUUAAAUCCAGAUUUAACCUUAGAUUAAGAAUUAUUUUUAAAAUUAACAGAAAUUAUUAUGUUGGAUACUCCAAAUUAUUCAAAACCACCAAAGAAAGGUUUAAGAUUAAAAGCAAAAAAGCUUUUAGAAAAUUCAACUUAUAGUUUAAUUACAAAACUAAGUUUAAUAUUAAAUUUAUGUAAUUGUUGUCAUAAUUUUAGUUACUUUGAUGUUAUUUUUUGAAUAAGGGAGUACAAGAUUUUUACAAAGUUUAAAUUGGCUUAAUCAUUUUUUUAGCUUCAUUUUAUUUAUAGAUUGCAUUCUGAAAUUAUUUACAUAUCAUAUUAAAAGAUAUUUUGAUGAUAUUUGGAGAUAAAUGUAAUUAAUUUUUGUAUUAUUAUCAUUAUUUGAUUUCUAUAUAGAUAUUUAAUUUAACUUUUAUAUGAGAUAUGCAAGAGCCAGUAGAGAUGAUCCAUAUUUUAUUUGGUUAAGAGUUUUCAUAUUAAAUAGAUGUUUAAGAAUGUCUUUAAUAAUAUAAUAAUUUACAAGAAUAAGAAAACUAUUAAAUGUUAUAUAUUUCAAUAAAAUGGCUAUAUUGAGAAUUUUAGGAUUAUUUAUUACUGUUUUAUCAUGUUAUUCAUAUGUAGGUUGUGCUCUUUUUGGAGAAGCUGAUUCUGGAUCUAUUUUAAAUGAUUAAUUAAAUUUUAAUAAUUUUUUCUUUGGUUUACUUGCUAGUUUUAAAUGCACAACAGAAAAUGGAUGGAGAUUUAUUUUUGUUGAUUCAUAAAAUUUUAUGAAAUUAAAAAACAAACCUUGGGUUCUAGCUUCUAUAUUUUAUUAUAGUUUAAUAUUUAUUGGAGCUAGAGUAUUGAUGAAUUUAAUUGUUUGUGAAUUAGUUUAAGAAUUUGAAAAAUUUUAUGAUACAAGCAGCAGUUGUUUAGAAACUUAUGUAGAAACCAUUGAUAAAUUUAGAACUUUAUGGUGUAAAUAUACUGAAGAAUUUCAAGGCACUAAAAUGUAAACUAAAUAUUUAGGACAUUUUCUAUUAGAUUUAGAAGAACCAUUAGGAGCUUAAAAAGGUGAUAAUAUUUGGGAUGCUGCCAAAAAAGCAUCAAGUUAUGAAUUAAAAAAGGAUUUUGCAGGUUGUCUUACUUUUAGAAAUCUACUUUAUGAAGUUUUUAAAUAAGCAUUUAAAGAAAGUAUAUUCAAAAUUACUACAGAGGCUGGUAAAACAAUAAUGAAAGAAAAUGAUAAAAAAAUAAAAUAUAGAUUAUAUAAUUAAAGAUCUCAUCAUUUUAGAAGAGAAAGAGUAAAUGAAAAAGUAGAUAUAUAAAGUAAUUUUAAUAUUCUAUAGGAAUAUUUAUAUCUUUAUAUGGCUUUGAAGGCUUGGAAGAGUUUCUCAGAAUAUUUUUUUAAUGUUGCAGGAGAAGUAUAAAAUACUAUUGAUUUUACUGAAAGUGAUGUGGAUGUUAAGAUUUCUGAAAUAGAAAGUGAUAAUAGUUAAAUAGAAGAUUUAGAUUUUGAAGAAUCAAAAUAUUAAAUAAAAAGAAGACCUACUAAAGAACAUUUAAGAAGACCUACUGAUGUUUAUAUCCUACCAUAUUAUGAUGAAAUCAAGUUUAAAGAUAAAAAUCUUAGAUCUAUACUUAAAGCUACUGAUUAAUAAUAAUAAAAGGUUUUUAAAUCUAUAUCCAUUAUUAAAAAAAAAGAAUAGUUGAUAUAAUAUAAAGAAUAUAAUAAAAGAAGAGAUGCAAUUGAUAAACCAACAGCUUCUAGAAAUAGAUAUCAAUAUGGAUAUCAUGAAAGAAUUACAAGAUAAUAAUUAGAAGAAAAAUCAGAUAACAGAUUACUUUCCAGAUUUGAUCCUACUAAAAUGCCAAGUGCCUAUAAUAUUACUAAAAUAGCUUCAAGAUUAAAAUGA